GAGGAGAGGAGGGUUUGCAGAGGACCACACUCACAAAGACAUUUUCUCCAUUCUGCAGCAAAGUGAGCUGCAGUCCUUCUGCGGGACUUCUACAGAGCCUGCGACCCAUGUGCAUUACCAGCUGCUCUGAUGUCUUGUGUGGAAGCGUAAUGAUGGAGUGGGAUUGCCUCGGAUAGAGGACAGAGAACCCACAUGACCCUAGCUUCCUGAUGACUGCACCUUUUUGUCCCAAGCUCCUUUCCCGAGCUUUUUCUCCUCUCUUUCUGCCAUGGCAGGAAAUUGGCACGGCGUUGCUCUUUGCUGAAGUUAAAGGGGGUCCACAUUACAGACGCAGCACGGCUGGAGUUCUAGCUGAAGGACAGCAGAGACGCAGGCAUGACUCUGAUAUCUUUGGAGAUCUGAAAAUGAACUCUUCCUUUGAAGGAACUAACAGCAGCAGCAGUAGUAGUCCAUUCUGCCUUUUGGGUUUGGGAUCUCAUGAAGCCAUUCCUGUUUGCCUCCUGGAAGUGGGGAUCAUCAUCUUCCUGACUGUUCUCAUCAUCUCUGGCAAUUUGAUAGUUAUUUUUGUCUUCCAUUGUGCUCCCCUCCUGAACCACCACACCACAAGUUACUUCAUUCAGACCAUGGCCUAUGCGGACCUUUUGGUUGGAGUCAGCUGCUUGGUACCAUCGUUUACUCUGCUUCAUCAGACUGACCUGCUUCCAGAACAGAUUGUAUGUAAAAUGUUUGGUUAUGUAGUGUCUGUCCUGAAGAGCGUCUCCAUGACUUCCUUGGCUUGUAUCAGCAUCGACCGGUACAUCGCCAUAACCAAACCGCUCAUGUACAACACAUUAGUCACCGCAUGUCGUCUACGUUUUUGCAUCCUCUUGCUCUGGAUCUACUCGUGUGCCAUUUUCCUGCCAUCGUUUUUAGGAUGGGGAAAACCAGGGUACCAUGGAGAUGUCUUUCAGUCAUGUGCGGAAUCGUGGCACACCAGUCCAUACUUCACUUCCUUUAUUGUGGUGAUGCUAUAUGCCCCAGCGGCUACGACUGUUUGUUUCACAUACUUCAAUAUCUUCCGCAUCUGCCAGCAGCACACCAAGGAGAUAAAUGAAAGGCGUGUGCGUUUCAGCACCACUGACAGUGAACCUGCCCAGGGACAUCCUAGUCCGGAGAAGCGCUAUGCAACUGUACUUUUCCGCAUUACCAGUGUCUUCUACGUUCUCUGGUUGCCCUAUAUCAUCUACUUCCUCCUGGAGAGCUCCAGGGUCUAUUCCAAUCAGACUGCCUCAUUUCUGACAACCUGGCUAGCCAUCAGCAACAGUUUCUGCAACUGUGUCAUCUACAGCAUGUCCAACAGUGUCUUCCAGAAAGGUCUGAAGCACCUUUCUGGGGCUGUUUGUGCUUCCUGCUCCAGGCAAGGUGAAGGUCAUGACGAUACUGGUGCUGCCCCUAAGAGACCCACACCUGACUGCAAUCCCUAAAUAACCCAAACCACGUCUACCCAAACUGUGUAAUGUGAAAAAUGUUAGUACAUUUAGUACGCUAGCAUUAGGAAAUGUGUUCACAGUAUUAUGGAGUCUCCACCAGGAGCAUUUGAACAGCAUCAGUGAUGCCAGAAUAUAUCGAGUGCUUUAGUCCUAUUGUGGACCCAACAUGUAGCUGUAAUAAUCUUACUGGAGAUUGUGGCUUUCUAGGUUGUGGUUUCCUAACUUGCUCCCGUAUUAUCACUUAAGAUCCAUCCCUGAGGAUCCAGCUGCUUUUUCUAUCUGUUUAGUGACUUCCACGCUCCUGGGGAUGCAUUGACGCCACUGGAUUCAUCUCCCGAGAGUGGAAAUGUUACCGGCGAGCGGUCUCUGUCUCCAAACCGCGCCACUUCUGGAGCCAAAUAUUUGGAUUUCCACUUAAGCUGGAUCUGGUUGUUAGCAUAAUGGAUUAUCCUUAUUGGGAGUUCUUUAAACAAACAUGAUGACCACCCCCCAUGUCUCCAUAAGGAAGCCAUCAUGCCGAGCCCAUCUAUUUUAAUAUAUUUGCAUUUUUACAUGCAUAGGUAUUUAAUUUGGUUCCAAACAAAUGUAAUACAAUAUUUUUCUAAAUGGAAAAGAAUAUAUUAUCGGUAUUUAACUGUUGACCACUGGAAUUUUUUUAAGUGUAAUUUAAGAAUGUUUCGCUUAAUAUGUUUGUAAUAGUCAUAUGUUAGGGCGGCCAUGUGAGUGUGUCUGGUACCUACAUUUUGGAGAGUUUGUGGUGACCCGAACCAGUACAUAACCCCUCCGUCUGCUAGAAGUGAAGGAGGACAUUGCACCGCUGCCUAAUGUGUAUGAAGCCUGACUACUUCAUCAUGUAAGGUUUCCAGAAGACCGCGGGGCUCUAUUCUCAUGAAUUAUAUCAGACACCCUUAAAUAAUAUAAUAUCUAGUGAUCACUGUGUCUAGAUGCCAGGUGUGCGUUAAGUGGGGCUAAUGGUACAGUGUGACUUGUCAGCGAGUGUUGUACUACUUCCUGACCAUGAGAGUAGUAGUUUCGCACAAGCUGAACAGUCAUGGCCUGCACUUAGUCUUCUUAAUUAAACUUUUGCCUUGCAAUUUAUCUUGGCAGCAAAACUGUUAAUGCUGUGAUGUCCCAUACUACAUGAAUGUAUUGUUU